CUUCUUCCCUUUAAGUACCCCCCACAAAGUCCCAGCCUUCCAUCCGCGUCCGUAAAUCUAUCCAUCUCUCCAAACUCUCCAGUAUUCGCUCCACUCAUUAGAACAGAAACUCCAAAAACCUUCCCAAAACCCUACUACACACCUCACGCGCCAAUGUACGGACACAACAGCACCGCAUUCCCACGCGCCCCCGAUUUUCAGUAUCAUCACGGCUCGCAUGCGGCUCUUCCGUUGCCAUAUCAUCACGACCACCUUGUCUCCGCCGAGUUCAGCAACAGCUGUAGCAGCGGCUCCAGCAGCUACGGAGCCUCGCCGAUCAGCAACGGGGCUUACGAGUGCUACGGAGAACCGGACCCGAACCUGAUUCAGCGAAGCGUCAGCAGCCAUUCACUGCAGAAGACUUGCGGGACCCACAAGUUGGUCUCCGACUUGCUGGAGUCAGAAACCGGCCAUGUCCGCCGGGUUUAUAGCACUGGGGACUUGGAUUUGCAGACAAUUAAUAGCAAGAACAGUAAUGGGGUGCAAGUAGUGCAGCAAUUGCAGUAUGGUGGUUAUAAUAGAACAUCAUCAGAAAGUAGUCUGCUAUCGAGUGAGACCAGUAUGAUUAUAGAAGGGAUGAGCAAAGCCUGUCGGUAUAGUCCCGAGGAGAAGAAGGAGAGAAUUGAGAGGUAUAGAAGCAAGCGCAACCAAAGAAACUUCAGCAAGACCAUUAAGUACGCUUGUAGGAAGACAUUGGCAGACAGCCGGCCGCGCAUCAGAGGCCGGUUUGCAAGGAAUGAUGAAAUUGAGAAGAGUCCUAAUGUUCAAUGGAGCAACAUGAGUGGGGAAGAAGAUGAGGAGGAGGACGAUAGUUGGUUCAACCUUCUCGAUGCAUUUUCUUCAAUCGAAUCUAAUUCUGUAAUCUAGCUAGCAGCAUAAGACCACCUCUAAGUCCUGAUGAUAUUUAGCAAGUAGCUACGCAAAAUUUGGGCUUCUUGAUUUGAACUUUAAUUAUUGUUAUUAUGCAGAAUGCAGCUCUUUAAGCGCUAUUUAGCUUGAAGUACUAGUUCAUGUAAAUAUAGGUCAUUGUAUUGUUAGAAUUAAUGACAAUGUUGAACUUUAAGACUUUAAUUAAUCAAGGGUGAAGCUUUUAGUUAUCUACA